AUGCGUCUGCAGGCAUUUCUCGGGUCGCUCACGCUCUCCGGAGCCGCUGUGGCUUUUUCAGACACCACACCUUGGGUUCUCUACUCGACUGCAUCCUUUCCAUCGAUAGAUUCGAAACAGCUUCAGACGAGCUCCGAUGUUUUGCGAGAUACAAGAGAAAUUCUCUCCAGAUGCCCAACCAGCCACUAUAUUUUUGCGACCCAGCCUGGGAUGGUUGCAUCUGAUCUUCUGCGCAACCAGGGCUCGGAUAUGCCCUCACUCCGUCACUCCCUAACUCUGGAUGGCCGUUUCCAAGGGAAAUAUAUCGUUUCGGAAGUUGUUGGUGGUAUAAGGGAUGGAAAUCUUAUUAACUUUGUUAAGACUGCCUGCGCGCAGUCCGGGAAACAAGCCGUUGUUGAGCAAGUCUUGCUAGGCCAGCUGCCGCAAGAAAACAGGCAGGAGGCACUUCUUGUUAAUGAUCGUAUUCUCAGUGAACGCAUCGGCAAAGACAACGGUCAUGACAGCUUCACUGUCGUCUUCUACGCCACCCGACCUGAACCCGCCUACGAGGCGCAUUUCGAUGAGGCCGUUCAUCUAGAUCUCCGAAGAGCUACACACGACACCGAUGCUCCCCCCAAGAAAGAUCACAGACCGCUUUUCGAAAAGUAUCAGUUCUUCACACCUGGUGCGUACCCUUUUGCUGUCGGCGCAAAGCUCAAUUAUCUGAUGGCAACUCUAGGCAUCUUCAUGGCUCUUAUCACAGCGAUUAUUCUUUUCAGUAUUCUCGGAGUCGGAGUCAAAGCCCUUGGUAGUCUUGAGGUGUCGUAUGGUGCGUUUGAAAAGGAAAUGGGGCCAGCUGCACAGAAGAAAUAG